AUGGUAGACGCCACAGAACCCGAACAUCCUUUCUUGAAAUAUGCAUCAAAAUACAUGAUACUUCACACCAAAGAAUUUCAGGAAGGGAGAUCUGUCAUGUGGGUACGUUGGAAAGAAAUGAUGAUUUAUGGGAGCGAUCUCAUCGAGACUCCAUAUGGCGUCAAAAGUCUCAAGGAAGAUGACCUCAGUAUCUUAAAUUGGAGUAUUUCAGCUCAUCAUCAUGCUCUCCUACGGCUCAUCUACCUCGGCCUUGGAUCAUCAAGCGGUCAAGACCGAGGCUUCGUAUUAUGGAGGGCUGCUUAUGAUGGGCAAUUGGAUGCUGUGAAAGUACUCCUCGAUGCCGGGGCGGAUGUGCAUUAUUCGAGAGGAAUCGAGACCGUCCUACGGGUAUCUUUGAUGAGGGGCUUUUUUGAUGUCGCCGAUCAGCUCAUUCUUGCAGGAGCUGACGUGAAUAUGCCAGACCGCAAUGGCCAAACAGCACUGCAUCAGGCUGCUGAUUGUGGAUAUCUGAAUAUUGUGGAGAAACUCCUGGAUUUAGGGGCCAAUAUAAAUCUGCCAGGAAGGGAUCGCCAAACAGCACUGCACCAAACAGCGGAUUGUCAACAUAUGGAUAUCGUGGAUAAACUUCUGGGUGCGGGAGCAGAUGUGAAUAUUCAGGGGUUCCAUGAUCAGACAGUACUGUUUCAGGCUGUCCAUUAUGGAAGGUACCAUGUCUUUAAGAGACUUUUAGAUACUGGGGCCGAUGUGAAUAUACAGGCAACACAUGGAGAAACAGCCAUACAUGCUGCUUUCCGCCGUAAAGACCUGCACAUUGUGGAGAUGCUCUUAGAUGCAGGGGCCGACGUCAAUAUCCGGGGACAGGAUGGCGAAACAGCAUUACAUUUCGCAUCUGAGUGUGCACGUGGAAAUCUGGAUAUUCUAGAGAGAGUUCUAGUUGCAGUGGCCGAUGUGGAUGUCCCAACUUUUGAUGGUGAAACAGCACUUUAUCGUGCCGCCAGGUAUGGAAAUCUGGAUGCUAUGGACAGACUUCUAUCUGCAGGGGCGGAUGCGAAUGCCAUUAGUACUUGGGAUGAGUAUGAUGGCCCUAUUAGUGGAGCCAGGAAAUGGUCCGUACUACACAUGGCUACUCUGCGUGGAAAUAUGGCCGUUGUGGACAAGCUCCUAGAGGUAGGGGUAGACGUGAAUGCUGUUCUUGAACCUUCAUCUUUACCCUAUGAAUCACGCCCGACUGCAUUACAGAUAGCCAUUACUUGUGGGCAUCAAGAUAUAGCUGAGAAAAUCAAACGUGUGGGGGGUCAUUAA